CACGCGCAGUCGCGGUACCCCUCCCACACUGCAAGAGUGGUGAAUCAUAACAAGAGAAUCAAGCCAUCGCCUCUUGUCGUCAGCGACCGCACAAGUUGAAGGAAAGUAGCAUGGCAGGUGCAAGGAGAACUUCUCUCUGGAGCGUCGUUUGACUGUGUGAGCAGCCACAGACCUUCUGAACCGUUAACACUCCCAUCAUUCACUGUGGACCUCCUUUUGCUAGAUGACCGCUUACGAGAGGACUGGCGACGCUCAUCCUCCGUCUCCUCACUGCUUUGUCGACAUUCCUGACAGCGUCUCCUGAGGCGGCCCGAAGCUUUUCUCUGGACAGCUGGGACCAAGCAACAUGAUCCCCAGUAGACAUCUGGGUGGUGACGGCCACCAUGUCGGUGACUGUUCAUGAGAAUCGGAAAUCCCGCACCAGCACAGGAUCCAUGAACAUCUCGCUGUUCCACAAGCCGUCGCAUCCUGACAGCGUCUUGACGCACCUGAACACAAUGAGGAAACAAUGCAUGUUUACAGAUGUCACGCUGUGGGCUGGGGAUCGCUCCUUUCCGUGUCACAGGGCAGUCUUGGCAGCAUGCAGUCGUUACUUUGAGGCCAUGUUCAGCGGAGGGCUACGAGAAAGUAUGGACAGUGAAGUUCAUUUCAGAGACACCAUACACCCUGAGGUCUUGGAACUUCUGCUGGAUUUUGCAUACACAUCUCGUGUCGUUAUCAACGAAGAGAAUGCAGAAUCACUGUUAGAGGCAGGGGACAUGUUGCAGUUUCAUGACAUCUGUGAUGCCGCAGCAGAAUUUUUAGAAAAAAACCUGCACUCUUCCAACUGCCUGGGAAUGAUGCUGUUAUCAGAUGCCCACCAGUGUAAGAGAUUGUACGAGCUGUCUUGGAGGAUGUGCCUUCUUCACUAUGAAACGAUGUGGGUGUCUGAGGACUUCUAUAGUUUAACGAAAGAGAAGCUGCUGGAACUUAUACUUAGUGACGAGCUGGAGACAGAAGAUGAGCAGGUCGUUUUUAACUCUGUUAUGCGAUGGGUUCGGUAUGACUUGGAUUGCCGGCGUCACCAUUUACCGGAGCUGCUUCGGGGCAUCAGAUUGGCUCUUCUGCCUUCGGAAUGUCUUCUACAGGCCGUAGCAUGUGAAGAGCUCGUCAUGGCCGACAAGAGGAGCAGGAUAAUUGUAGAAGAGGCGAUGCAAUGUAAAAAGAGAAUUCUUCAAAAUGAUGGGGUUGUGACAAGCCCCUGUGCACGACCACGCAAGGCAGGGCACACGCUGCUUAUAUUAGGAGGCCAGACGUUUAUGUGCGACAAGAUAUAUCAGGUUGACCAUAAAGCCAAGGAGAUCAUUCCAAAGGCGGACCUUCCCAGCCCAAGAAAGGAAUUCAGUGCAUGUGCCAUCGGCUGUAAGGUUUAUGUGACGGGAGGAAGAGGAUCGGAGAAUGGAGUGUCAAAGGAUGUCUGGAUCUACGACACCGUCCAUGAAGAAUGGUCAAAAGGCGCACCGAUGCUGAUAGCAAGGUUUGGUCACGGCUCAGCUGAGUUGGAGAACAGUUUGUAUGUGGUUGGUGGUCAUACAGCCAUCGCUUCUGUUUUCCCCGCUUCUCCAUCCGUCUCUUUGAAACAGGUUGAACGCUACGACCCCGUCAGCAAUAAGUGGUCUAUGAUGGCUCCGUUAGGAGACGGCGUCAGUAAUGCAGCAGUGGUCAGUGCUAAAUUAAAACUGUUUGUUUUUGGGGGCACCACCAUACACAGAGAGAAGGCAUCCAAGGUCCAAUGCUAUGAUCCAGUUGGGAACCGCUGGACUACUGCAGCCGAGUGUCCGCAACCGUGGCGCUACACGGCGGCCGCCGUCUUAGGGAGCCAGAUCUUCAUAAUGGGUGGUGACACUGAAUUCACCGCUGCCUCGGCUUAUCGUUUUGACUGUGAAAUGAAUCAGUGGACUCGCGUGGGCGACAUGACGGCCAAGCGGAUGAGCUGCCACGCCGUGGCCUCGGGAAAUAAGCUGUAUGUGGUCGGAGGUUACUUUGGCACGCAGAGAUGUAAAACGUUGGAUUGUUACGACCCAACGUCCGACAGUUGGAACUCCAUCACUACCGUGCCUUAUUCCCUGAUCCCUACCGCCUUUGUCAGCACGUGGAAACAUCUACCCGCCUAAGUGGGAGCCAGCAUGAGAGGUGUAUGUCAUCAGCUGCUGGCUAAAAAGAAAUGACGGGAAUCCUUCCUACAGACGUUUCCUAGCUGGGACUGAAAGUACACACACAAUCUUAAACCAUUUUGGAAUUGUUAUACAGCACCCUCCAAAGGUAUUGUAACGGCGAGGUCUGUUUUUUGUCCAAACAUUUGGCUUUGAAAUCAAAGAUGAAUAUCAAACCUUAGCGCAAUUUCAAGCAUAAAAAAGGCUAAACCAACUAAAAUCCAAAUACUGUUAAAGACCACUAUUCAACUUGUGAAUGUAGUGUAAACUAGGUAUCAGACUUGAACAGCUUUAAAUGAUCUUACAACAGGGACAAUAAUAAUAAUAAUAAUCAUCGUCAUGAAUAAACGUGUUACUGUUGUGGCCAUAUUUCACAAUAAACUAAAACUCAACUCUUCCUGUCCGCUAUUAAUUCUGCUUGUCUUAAAUGGCUUAUUUUCUCUGAUGAUAACACCCCUAAAGUUAAUAUUAGUUAUUUCCUGUUUAGAUGGCUCUAAUAUUAACUGUAUUUUGUAUUAUGUAUCGAGGAAUCCUCGAUCAUGAAGAUUCACUCAUUGAAGUUGCGGCUGGAACCAAUUAACCGCGAUAAACGAGGGAUUAAUGUAUUGCAUAUCGUAUUGUGAGGUACCGUGACAUUCCCAAUCCUGGCAAAUUCUAGCCUGACUUUCCUAUUCUUCCGGCUAAUGAGAGGUUUGCAUCUUGUGGUGUAGCCAUUGAACCAACCGUCUUCUGUGAAGAGUAGUCUUUGGUACUUUCACUCCUGCCCUCUGCAGGAUGUCACUAACCGUCAUUUCAGGGCUCUCACAAUGUUUCUGUCAUCACCUUCUUUCUUUGUUUUUCUUACUCUACCUGUUAGAUGUCCGUUAUUUAGUUUCCGGAACAUUCCAGAUGGUGGUAGUGUAUAUGAUCAAUGUUUGUGAUCGAUUUUCUAUCUUCUGUGAUUGGUUUUCAUAUUGUUUUCACCUCUAAAUGUAGAUCUAAAUGUAAAUCUAGUGAGGCAAAACCUAUCCUCCCCGAUUUGAAAUUGCUAUUUACACCUGGGCAACCAAAAAAACGCUGUCUGUCACAUGAUAAUUUUGUUCAAACGUGCAUUCUGAUCCAGACAUAAAUGCCAGGAAACACAAGCUGAAACGUUGCUCUCUGGUUUGACAUCUUUCCAGCCUCUUGUAAAAAUGAAGGAAUUGACCCAACUGGUCCAAAUGCUUUUGGAGGGUGCUGUACAAACUGCCCCUUUACGGAAUGAAGAAGACUUACACAGUUGCUUUUUCUGUGAUAUAAUGCGGUACAGCACAAGUACACGCCUGACCUAUGAGCAACCAAUGGAUCACUCAUAAGUGAAUAGAAGGUCUUUUGUUUACAUUCCUGUUCCGGUAACAAUUCCCAAGCCAUAAAUGUGAACAAUUUGCCCCAAAAAGUCACCAAACGGGAAAUGUUUUUACUUGAAAUUUUAAAUGCUUUGAAUUUCAUCUCACCGUAUUGUGUAACUGUGGUAAUAGGACUACCACAAGCCGACCAGGUUGUGGAAGGGGAUUUCAUUCCAGGAAAGGAACUGCAACGGACAGCUUUGACAGUGAACGGUGAAAGUCCAAAUUGUGGCCAAAGUAUCAACAUUUAAUGUGAGCACUGCCUUUAUCCUCCUGGGCAUGGAAUUUACUGCACAGAUUUCCACCGGAAUCCUCUUCCAUUCAUCCAGAGGACGUCUUGGAGCUGGUGGAAGUUAGACACCUUGUGUGCCACGGCCAGGCAGUUUGUCGUCUCUGAGGUUUCCUUUCAAGCUGCCACGCUUUCCAAAAGUAGAAAGUCACAGUACAUGUUGGAAUUCAUGUUUCCCUUCAUUGAACCACCCCAUACCAUGACACUACCAUGAUCAGGCUUGACCGCAGGCAGUACUACCCCCACUUCUUCAACCUCUGCAGCAAUGUCGGAAGCACUUGUCAUUUUUUAAGGGCAACUGGGGAGCACAAGGACUCUGGUUUGGUCGACCCUGGCAAAAUGUUUGAAGUAGAACUGCUCUAGGACUUUCUUCUAGGCUAGGCGGUGUUUGCGGGGAAUAAUUCAGUUUCUCUAUCCUAAGUUCUUUGCCAUGGGGUGCCAAGUUGAACAUCCUGUGGCCAGUAUGAGACACCAAAUUGAACACUUUUAAUCUGUGGCACACAAAUUUGUAUGGUCCAGUCAAGCAAAACGCCUACGUACUGACUUGUGUUGCCAGCUAUUCAUACAAUCAUGGUUGCGUUACCUUUCAGAGGACUGUACAUUUGUAGCGCACUGACAACUCUUAAUGGACACCAACUUUUUGAUUUCUACAGUAUCGUCCACUGAGAAGAUCAGAUCAGAUGGUUCCUAUAAUGGGAAGGUGUAUCAUGUAUGUGAGAUACUGCACAUAGCCCCAACAUGGACAGGAAUUUUAUAUCAAUAUUUUUUUUUUUAACCUGUUUUUACAAUGUACAUGAACGGCACGAGCACUACCUAGUCACUGCUAGUAAGCAAAACAAAAAUCACAAGUUUUUGGAGCUUCUUUGGAAUGCACAAGAAGGACUGAAAACUCGAGAAUAGCCAUGUCAUUUGUUAAGCGAAGCAGAGCAGCUCUGAAGUACACUGAUAGCACAACAAAUUGUAACCAGUGAAGCCAGCAGACCAACAGAUGAGCACAGCAGUCUUUUUUUUCCAGGGCUGCUGCUCACCUUUUUUUGAUGUGACUUGUUUACUUUUAAACAUUGCACCCUUUGUUACGUGUUUGUUUUGAAAUAGAUUAUUUUCCACUCAGUUUUAGACAAGUACGGCAACAUGGCUUUUCUUAUUUACCACAGAGAUACAACACACUCAGAAGACCUUUCACUUGGAACAGAUGCACCCUGUUGUUUUUAUCUGCUAGAUAUGCCACCUUUUUCGUUUCUGUGUGAGGAGCGUUUAGCUGUCCAGGUAGAGUGCCUGGAGCCUAAUAUGGCAACAAUUUCAGCACAUCUCUGAUGGAAGUCAUUGAGAUCGAUUGGACUUAGCUAAACCUUCAUUGGUCGCUAAUAGCUCUCUCCAGCACUGGAAGUGCAAUUGUUGGUAUCUACUUGUGGUUAACUGUCUGUGAGACUCCUAGACUCAUUUCACAACUGUUAGCAUAAAAUAAUGCGGAUGGACUCGUAAACCUGUCUGUCCAAACAUGUUGAAAACACGAUGCUCAGGCUGAAAUGUUGCACGCUGACUAUUGUUCUGACAUUUUCAGUAAGAGAUUGUUGGCCUUUCCAAGCUAACACAGUGUUUUCAUUACACCCAUGAGGCAAAUAGUGCCAUUUACUUGGCAUGGAUGCAUUAUUUACACUUUUUCUGAAAUGCGCCAUUAUUUGAAAGUCCUCUGCAGUAUGUGCGUGUUGUAUUGAUUGGACUGUAGUCUGUUAUGAAUUUACUUUAUAUUGACGCCAUCAAAGAAAAAGGUCUUAAUUCAGCAAGUCUUUUUGUGGUCCAUGUCUAAAGAUAAAUACACUUGACAUGUGAUUCCAUUGUUAAUCCUUUUACUUUAUUUUUGUGAGUACCUUACAGGUAAUGGGUGCUUCAAUGCCCCAUAACAAGUUUGUUUCUUGUAGUCCACACUUUUUUUUAAUUUAAAUACAUCACUUAAAGUCUGACCGUAUAGUAGAAGAGCUCAUGUUUAGUGCUGUUUUAAACUGUAAAAAUAGAAUUGGUCGCAAAGUGGCAGUAGUGCACAGCCACCUUGCUGAAUGAAUGAAUGUUGUAUUUUAAUGUGUCUUAUCUCUUUUUACUCAACUUUAUUUUUCACUGUAAAGCGUCUUUGAGUAUUCUGGAAAGCGCUAUACAAAUACAAUGUAUUAUUAUUAUUAUAUAGCCCCACUACACAAUAUUCUGUGUUCAUGAAAAAUAGUCAAAAUCAUAAAAAAUGGUACCAAGAGGGGGGGGGUGGCUUUUGAAAAAAAGGCUGGGAUGAGUUAAUGUAUUUUCAGAUGUAAA